AUGGCGCGGGGCGGGCCGGGGCCGCUGCUGCUCCUCGCGCUGCUGGCGGGCGCGGCCCGGGCCGGCCUCUACGUCCAGCCGGGCCGGAGCUGCUACCGGCCGCUGCUUGGGGACCAGCUGUCGCGGCUGGGGCGCAGAACUUAUCCCCGACCUCACGAGUACCUGUCCCCGUCGGAGCUGCCCGAGAGCUGGGACUGGCGCAACGUGAAAGGCAUCAACUAUGCCAGUGUUACCAGGAACCAGCACAUCCCCCAGUACUGCGGCUCCUGCUGGGCCCACGGCAGCACCAGCGCCAUGGCAGAUCGGAUCAACAUCAAGAAGAAGGGGGUGUGGCCCUCCACCCUGCUGUCAGUGCAGAACGUCAUUGACUGUGGCGAUGCCGGCUCCUGCGAGGGGGGCAACGACCUGGAGGUGUGGGAGUAUGCCCACCGCCAUGGCAUUCCCGACGAGACCUGCAACAACUACCAGGCCAAGGACCAGGCAUGUGACAAGUUCAACCAGUGUGGGACAUGCACCGAAUUCAAAGUGUGCCACGUCAUUCAGAAUUACACCCUCUGGAAAGUGGGCGACUACGGCUCCCUCUCCGGGAGGGAGAAGAUGAUGGCAGAAAUCUACGCGAAUGGCCCCAUCAGCUGUGGUAUAAUGGCAACAGAAAAGAUGGAUAAAUACACUGGCGGCAUCUACACGGAAUACAACGAGGAGGCCUUCAUAAACCACAUCGUCUCUGUCGCCGGGUGGGGUGUCAGCAAUGGGACAGAGUACUGGAUUGUACGGAAUUCGUGGGGUGAACCCUGGGGCGAAAGAGGCUGGAUGAGGAUCGUCACCAGCACCUAUAAAGAUGGGACGGGCGACUAUUACAACCUCGCCAUUGAAAAGGCGUGCACAUUUGGGGACCCCAUUGUUUAAGGUGGGUGUCUCUGGAAGAGCAGUUUUAAAAAAACAAUGUCAGAAAGCUUAACCAGAGGGCUUCUGUCAACCCAGCCCCAGGAUAAUACUGCUGUGCUUUGAACGACCUGGGGUGACACUCGAAGUAUUUGACGGCUGGUAACAGCACUGAGCACGUGGAAGGGGUGCCUGCCAACAUGGGGACCAGUGUGGUACUGGCUGGCAAAUCAUUCUUGAGAAGAAUCUAAACUGGAAUGACUUAACCACCUGCACAGGAAGGCUCCCUCUUUACGUGGCUGCACUGAAACCACCUGGCAGAUAUGGGGUCUGCAAGAGACAUCCCAUUGUGUGAUCUCAGUUUUCUUUAAUAGAUAGAUGGCUUUGUAUUUUCUUUUUGGCAAUCAUGGUCUAUAAUGUGGCAUUUAAGAGAUUAAAGAGUUUAGAUUUAUCACCUUGGAAUCAGUGGGAGGGGACAGUAAUUUCAAAUUGCCUGAGUAAUGAAUAAAAUGUAAGACUUCAUGUAAGAA